AUGGCUGCCCAAACAUCGACCAGGGAGAACAACUCAUUCGUCCUGCGCGGGGUCAAGGAUGUGUUCUUCGAAGACCGCCCGAUCCCUCAGCUCGCGAGCCCGCACGAUGUCCUCCUACAAGUCAACUACACCGGUAUCUGCGGUUCGGACGUUCAUUAUUGGCAACAUGGCCAGAUAGGACAUUUCGUGGUAAAGGACCCAAUGGUCCUGGGUCAUGAGUCCGCAGGGACGGUCGUUGAUGUCGGCGCGAACGUAACCACGUUGAAAAAGGGAGAUCGUGUCGCCAUGGAGCCUGGCAUUCCUUGCCGACGCUGCGUGCGGUGUAAAGAAGGUAAAUACAAUCUGUGCUCCGACAUGGCAUUCGCGGCCACGCCACCUUACGACGGCACCCUAGCCAAGUACUACGUCCUCCCUGAAGACUGCUGCUACCAUCUGCCCGACAGCAUGACGUUGGAAGAGGGUGCCUUAAUGGAGCCACUGUCGGUGGCCGUGCAUAUAACUAAGCAAUCGGGACUGAAGCCAGGAGACACCGCGGUGAUUUUUGGGGCCGGCCCGGUCGGACUUCUGUGCGGCGCUGUAGCGAAGGCGUUGGGCGCAAAGAAAGUUGUCGCCGUGGACAUCAACACCGAACGACUCGAGUUUGCCACAGCGUUUGCUGCUACAUCGUCCUUUGUCCCGGCCAAGGUGUCCGCGGCUGAAAACGCGCAGAGAUUAAAAGACGAAAAUGAACUUCCAAUGGGAGCCGACGUGGCCAUCGACGCCAGUGGCGCGGAACCGAGUGUGCAGACGGCAAUUCACGUCCUGCGCAUGGGCGGUACUUAUGUGCAGGGUGGUAUGGGCCGAGACGAGAUCACUUUCCCUAUCAUGGCAGCAUGUACCAAGGAAUUGACGGUGAAAGGGAGCUUCCGCUACGGACCUGGCGAUUACCAGAUGGCGGUGGAUUUGGUCUCCGGUGGCCGAGUCGAUGUGAAGCAGUUGAUCAGUAGGAAAGUCGGCUUCGAUGAGGCCGAGCAGGCGUUUGAAGAUGUCAAGGCUGGAAAGGCUAUUAAAGUUCUGAUUGAGGGCCCGAAAUAG